UCCGGAAAAAUGUAAACAAACAAAGCGAAUACAAUGUAAAAUCUGUCAUAAUUAGAUUUUAGUAUGCAGGAAGCUUUACAACAUGUUAACUGUUGCCAAAGAGCCUUUUUAGUGGAAAGGGACACUAGUUCUGGUUUAUCUUUAGCAUUAAACCUGCUUGAGAUGAACAUUGAAGAUCCAUUUGUAAAUUAUGGAAUAGCAGGUGCCCUGAAAGUUUUUAUGACCAACUGUAAAGAACAAACAGAGAUGAAAUCUUUCUCUUUACAACUAGUGACGAAAUUAACAACUGAUCAGCCAUGCUGGAUGAAACUAAGAACUCUCACAUGUCUUAAUGGGGCAUUAUCAAGUAAAACAUUUGUAGAAAUUGUCCAAAACAACAUUCUGUUUGAUCAUAUUACAGUAAAUUGGAAUUGUAUAAUGUGUUGUAUAUGUAAUUUUGAUUUAGAACUUAGAAAUGGCAAACUUGGACAAAAAGAAUUGUGUUUAUAUGAAUUUAUAAGGCUUUCAAAAAAAGUUGUAAAGCUAAUCUUUAAAAGUGAGAAACCAGAAAAAAUUGAUAUUUUGAAAGACAUUAUUAAUUUUUCAAGAAUAUGGAACCUUAUGGUGAAGUGUAAGGUGCCAGUAUUUACAAAAAGUGUUUUGAAAUUAUUAAAUAGUUUAUUUCCAUAUGGAGAUUGGUCUUCACUGUCAUUGAAUGUAAAUGUGGUAUUCAAACAGACUGCUGAGAACAUAAUCACUUUUUUCGAUCAACAUGGAUUUACUGUCAUUCGCCUAGGACAUGGUUGUGGCUUUACAGGUAUUUCUUGUAGAGAAAAUUCAGCAGUGGACAAAACAGAACUACAGUUAGUGAUCUUAUUGACUUUGAAAAGCAUAGCCAUUAUUCUGUCAUGGAAACACUCACCAGAAGCAGGCAAUUUUAUUUCAGCUGAUGUUUGCUUAAAGUGUCUCUUUGAGUUAGAUCUGUUUGUAAAGUUAUUCAAAAGUCCAAGGGAAAAGAAACAGACACUUGAUUGGGUUUAUCAGAUGUUUGAAGAUCAGGAUGACCUAUGGGUUGAAUCCCUGGUGGCACUAUUAGAUAUAUAUAAUCAAGUUGUUCUGUUCAGAGAGAUUGAUUCACUCCCAACAUCAUUACAGACUGUGAUUAACCCACAUCGACAGUUCUUGUUAUUCAUAAAAGCUACAGAUUUUAAUGAAUCAGUUGUAAUUGAUUUACUAACGUCCCCUGAAACUUGUUUUCUUCUUUAUUUUAAUUGUUAUCUAAAAUUUAUGUGUAGUAAAUGGGGUUGGUUAAUAUCAACAGUGAAGCAAAUGACUUUGGAAGAGGAAAAUUCAGAUAAGUUUGCAAAAGGUAAUAAUCCAUCUGGUAAACUGUGUACUAUGAACUCUGAACAUGAAAUUCCAAAGCAGGCUGCUGUAGAACAUGACAUUUGUCUCUCAUCAUGUGGUUUAACAUUGGUUGGACUAUAUGAUUCAGAUAGUAGUGAGGAAAUUAUCUCCCCUGGUGAUCAAACACAGGGUAUUGGUGAUAGCAUUAAUGAAUUGUCUUGUUUCAAUUCAAACUACAGCAGUUGUGAAACAGUGGACUGUCUUCAAGAGAAUAACGAUAAAUAUGUCUCUUCCGAGAGUACCGGUAACCUUGCCACAACAACUCCUCCAGAAUCAGGAAUUUCUUUGAAUUGCUCUGUGAAUAGUAACAAAGUCAAUGAUUUACCAUUCUCUUAUUCCACAUGUAAAAGAUGUAAAUCAAAGGUUAAUCAACAGAAUACAUCAGAUUCUGACUUCGAUGAGAAAUGCAACUGUAAUGUCAUGAAAACAGAUAAAGUGUCUGGGAGUGGUGACAUGUUAGAUUUAUUAAUGUCUUGUAUUGUAAGAGUAAGAAUGAAAGUUAGUAAACUAUGGGACUCUGAUUUAUUUCCAUAUAAUCCAAAGCCUUUGUUGGUAAAUAUAAGGAAAGCUGAAGAAUUAUUUGAAAAUGAUUAUAUCUGAGAUGCUUAAGUGAAUAUAAGUAAAAAUAUUUUCAAUGCAAAAAGAUUGUCAUUAAAUAUGCAAACCUUGUU